AAGCGAAAGUCGUGAGAUGGUGUGUUGCGGGUAACAGAUUCAAUUAUUUCGUGCGAACAAUAUUUUUUAAACUCAAAGUCAUUCGGGGUGUUAUGAAAUCACAAUGAUCCGCAAAUUUUCUGGAAUUGAAGAAGGAUCAAGUGAUCUCCAGCCUACUGGGAAAUGCUGUUCAAGUUGUUGAGUUCACUCUUUCACUAUGGGCCUUUUAUUUGUUCUUUUCACUGUAGAACUUAGAUUGAAGCCUACUAGACGGCAUAACUGACAUUCUUUACAGUAUAAAAGCACGUCGAGGAACCAGGAUGUUCUUCAGUUAUGUCAAUUCUGUCUGGAACCCGGGACGGCCGCUGUUGAAAAAAUGAAACUAGAUUCACGUAAGAUCUUGAAGCUGCUUAUGUGCUGCUUUGCGGCCGCCAAUGCAACGGACAAAAGAGCAACCAUCAAUUCAAUUUGAUGAGAAAAAUUCAAAAAUGUGGAGGGAACACGAAUCCUUUUGCGGAGGCGAGCAUCAGUCACCCAUCAACAUUGAUUCGUCAAAAGCCGUUGUAACAAAUUAUCCCAAAUUCUGUUUCCACAACUAUGAUCUGAUUUUCCCCGAAAGAUUGGAGAACAAUGGACACACCGUGGAAUUGAAAAUUGAGGAACAAGGUCUGCACGCGGAAUUGCCUUUUAUUACCGGCGGUGGACUCACCGACCGUUACAAUUUUGUGCAACUCCACUUUCAUUGGGGUAAAACAUUAUUUGGCAGCGAGCAUACUAUCGAUAGGAAAGCAUAUGCUGGCGAACUGCACAUCGUCCACUACAACACCAAAUACGGAAAUUUUAUCGACGCUAUCCCUCACGAGGACGGAUUGGCUGUCUUGGGAAUUCUUAUAGAAAUAGAGACAACCUUGCGUUCCGACAUCUCGAACAAUUCGAAAAUAUCAUCGAUCCUAGCCCAGUCAACGGCGACGUCCUGCACUUCUCUGUUCCAUUAGUGGAUCUUCUUCCUCACGAUACCGACACUGUCUACCGAUACAACGGAUCGUUGACGAGUGGCGACUGCAACGAAGACGUCAUCUGGACGGUUUUUGACACUCCCAUCGCCAUUUCAGAACGCC